CAAAAAUUACUAAGAAUAGACCCAACAUCUACAUGCGUUCUGUUUUCUUUGGCGCACUGACGCUUGGUAGCCUAAUAAUUGACAUGAUGCAUAACAGCAGGAAGUAUUCGCCACCGCGUCACUGUGCCGUCGUGUCGCCGUUAGCGGUGCCUCAGCUCAACAGAUUACCGACCUCGCGGAUAGAAGAAAGCGAUCUGAUUGAUAGAUCGGACAUGAAUUCUCCAAAAGCCAAAUCUAGAAUGCGCAUCGUGAAGGUGAAGGGAGUGAAGGGACCCGCGUCCCCACAGAGGCCACGCAUCUCUCCAAACUCCCCGCCAAGCGAUGAGCUACCGAAGGCGGUGGACAACGGAGCUGCCGGACCCCGGUCUAAAAAAAGAGGCUACAAACCUCCUGAUGUGAGGACGAUAUUCGAACCCUCGGCUAAGGAUCCACGAGUUAAAGAGGAGAAAGGGGAGGGACACACGUUUGGUCAGGACGCGGCGCAUGCAUGGUGCGAUGUGUGUUGCGGGUAUAUCUUAGACGGUGGUCUUACGUGCACAGACUGUAAGUACACAUGUCAUGCUCGCUGCCAUGACAAGGUGACGCUAGACUGUCAUCCGAAUGGAUCCCUAAAUGGCUCCUCGUUCAGUCCUGUGAUUCAAGACCACCUUAACAACAACCAGUCAUCACACAGCGAUGUGGAGAAAGAGAAAACUUGCACUCAGCUCACACAUGAAGAGAUCAGACAGAAGGUCGAGCAGUACAACGCUGAUUCACGUGAUCACUUCAAAAUGACGCUGAAUCCUAAUGGUCUGUACACUGGCUUCAUCAAGGUGCAAUUGGACCUGCGGAGACCCAUCACAGUGAAAGGGGGUGGGGCCAGAGGUGUGAAAGAUCAGGAGGCGUUUCACCUCCCACGAGGCUCUAUAAACACUUUGCACAUCAGCAGCACGAACACGGUGCGACAGGUUAUCGAAGCCCUGCUCAACAAAUUCACCCUGGCCGACAACCCCGCCAAAUUUGCCUUGUUCAAGCGCUUCAGCCGGGAAGACCAAGUGUACACCUGUAAGCUCUCAGAUAAAGAGCAUCCUCUCUUUCUGCGUUUGGUGGCGGGCCCGAGUACAGACGUCCUCAGCUUUGUGCUAAAGGAGCAGCAAACCGGUGAAGCCAUGUGGGAAGCCUUUUCCAUUCCUGAACUGCAAAACUUCCUCCGUUUCCUGGAUAAAGAAGAACAGGACCAGCUCUGUUUGAUAACCAAUCGCUACAACAGUUACAAGGAGAAACUAGAGGAGGCCUUGAGAGCGACAGGCGGUCCGGGUUAACACAAACAUCAGAGAGAGAGAUUUAAACUCCUCCACUGCUUUCUCUAGUGAUGUUUCAUGAACAUUAUUACAGUAGGUGUCACAGUGCCAAAUGGACACCCUUUCUCACGAACUCAAACAGGAGAACACUGGACUCCUUCACUGGAUGCUACACACCUCCCAGAAUGCACCUCAGGUGCCAUAAUUACCCUUUCUUAGGUUUUUCUGUUCUUUUUUCAUUUGUGAAUGAAACGUGAAAAUCUGAUCGUGUUUUUUUUUUAUUUAACUUAAUUGUUGAAUGCCGUGGUUUGUAAAUAUUUUUGUUUCUUAUCUUAAUUUAUAUGGGUGAAGUUUUAUUUUCGUUUUUUAUUUUUUAUUUUGCUGAAAGUCUUAUUUUGUUUCAAAUAUGCCUUUUGACCAUAUGUUAAUGGAACAAGUGGAAUUUUUUGUUAAAUGUUAAAUACCAAAUGACUCACAAUGUGCCCUACCAAAGAUAGUGUUGGCGUUUGAUGUGCUGUUGACAAAAUUAUGAGAAAUGUAGCGCAAGGAUGAUGACGAUGUUGCAAUGGGAAGAUAUUCGAAGGAAAUGUAUGUUUGUGAUGGAGAAAUACUGAUGUAGGGGCAGGAAUGGGGAUGUACAAGACAAAGACAAAAGUGUGGCGGUGUAAAGUAGAGUCAGAAACUGAGUUUGCUUAAACAUUAGGUGAUGUUUUGGAAUUGGAACUGAACAGAUUUUAGGAAGUUGGUGAGUGAGUGCUGUUGAUGUUGGAAAAUAUGCAGAGGGAACCGGCAUGCGGUCAUAUCGGAGCAAAUGGAAUUAACUUGGUGACCUGUGCUGUUCUAAAGGAUUGAAUGAUGUUGGCUUCAGUGGUCUAUUUAAGUGAAUGAUUGGUUGUAGUCGUCGGGUCAUGAUGUUAAGCGACCUAUAGGGUUCAAACAGAGACCAUCAAAGUGUUGGUUAUUUAGUAAAGAUUUAGAAAGGGGGUACCAAAUGUUCACAAUCCUAGUAAAUGCAGUGAGGAAGAUUUUAAAUGUUGAAAUGUCCAUAUUAAUAAUCUUCCUGGUAAAUGACUGAAUAUAGAAAUAUUGAGGAUUGAAAGCGUCUAUUCAUUCUGAUACGAUCUUCUUCCUUUCCAUAUUCAUGCAUGAAAACGCAUCCUGACCUCUGGUUCUGUGCCAGGAAAAAUGCAAAGUUCUCCGUUUUGCCAAAAGAGGUUUUAACGUAUUUCUGCAUGACAUGUAUUGGCACCUUUUAAAGGAACAUGCCUACAUUUUGGGAAUUUGGCUUAUUCACCGUAUCCCCCAGAGUUAGAUAGACAGACUUUUUUCAUCCCGCAGGUGCCAUAAAUCUGACACCCCCCGCUAGCUUAGCUUAGCACAAAGACUGGAAGUAAAUGGCUCCAGCUAGCAUACUGCUCCCAUUAAGUGACAAAAUAACGCGAACAUUUUCCUGUUUAUAUGUUGUGAUCUGUAUAGUCACGCCGUAAUAAAGUUCAUAAGAGACACAGCUAUCUUUUAACCGUAUACAUACAGGGAACUAUAUUUUCAGAAGACAAAGCUCUGCUCAGAGUCACUCCGCCUAUGUAGCAGUGCUUCGCCUUCAGAGAAUAUAGUUCUCAGUUUGUAUACUGUUAAAAGAUUGAUGUAUGACCUUGUUAUUUGUACACAAUGUGACUAUACAAAUCAAAACAUAUAAAUUGUCACUUAUAGGGAGCAGUAUGCUAGCUGGAGCCAUUUACUUCAAGCCUUUGUGCUAAGCUAAGCUAGCGGUGGGUGCGUCAGACAGAGUUACGGCAUCCACGUGGAUAAAAAAGGUAUGUAUGGAGUUAUCUAACUCUGGGGGUACAGUGAAUAAGCUAAAUUCCCAAAAUGUGGGCAUGUUCCUUUAAUUAAACUUUGGAUCUGGACUGUUUCUGUUGUAUUGUACAUUAAAACAAAUGGCCAAUGCUAGUUCGUCACAGCACACAAGGUCAACAUUUAUGACUAUUUUAAGUGAUACUUGUGUAUCAGUAGUUGAUUUAAUAUGUGUAUUCAUUUAUAUAUUUGUUUUGCUAGUGCCGCAUGAUGGUUUUCUGAUGGGCACUGCAACAUUUGUAGUUUGCUAUUCCCAUUGGCACGUGCAUAGCAAGGUAGUGGCACCUUGUGGUCAACUGCUGUAAUUACAUCUCUGCAGUCCUAUAUGGCUCAAUUGUGUUAUUAAUCUAGAAGCCACGGACUGUCUCUUUAUAAAUUUUAUUGAAUAUUGGUUUUAUAACCUUUAACCAAAGAUAUCGUUCAUUGCAUAGUUUGAGUUUAAAAGAAAAUUGCCUGGCGCAAUCAGUCAAACCUCACAAAUGGAGGUUUAUUUAGAGUAUAUAUAUGCUUACGGCAACUUUAAUUAAACACUGGGGUGAAUAUAAAAAAUAUAUAGUGUAAUUGUUAUGUGAAAUAUCAUGACGGUUUCAAAAUAUGCAAUCAAAAAUGGAAUAAGACCAGCAAUCUUAAAUGCUUUUUGGGCACUUUAUGUUUUAAGUCAGGGAAUCGUUUUGUUUUAAUUUUGUCUGUUUAGGUCCCUAUGGUGUUCCACAGUUUUUUAAGAACUUUGGAGGAAUCUAAUGGACACUCGGUUAUGUUUAAUGGAAUCUUUUUUUUUUAAAGCUGUUUUAAUACUUGAUUUUUAUUUUUUCAGUUCAACAAGCUUUUGUUUGUAGAGUAAGACUGUGAAACUGUAAUAACUUGUAUUUUUGUGUUGUGAAGGGGUGUGGAUGUGACCGUACUGCUUAAACACUUUUGCAUGUGUUACAUUAAUCCAUGCAUAAUUCUCUCUGGCUAUUUUAGGACGUCAUGGGCCAGUGCUGAUGACACGUCUGUCAAACAGCAUAUUUAGAGAUUGCUCACGAAACCCAUGGUCAGCAUUGCCAAAAUGAUCGCGUUUUGAUCCAUAGCUGUAGGUUUUGUGCUAAUAAAACUUUUAUGAACAUUAAAAUAGCUUUACCGAUGUGGAUCGUUUGAAUCCAGAUGUCGUGUUUGUGACAAUGACGGACGUUUAUGGAGGUUUUCUGUCGGUCACACAAAUUUGUAUUGUUACCGAUUGUGGCCUUUCUUGUUAAAUCUGAUUUUAUGAAAUAAAGAUAAUAAUGUUUCUCAGAA